AUGAACACCACUUGGACUCUGCCGGACCGGCCGCUCAGUGUCAAGGAGAUCGAUGUCGAGGCCAGGAAGUUCGAGUUCAACGGUCUCGUCGCCCUCAAGCAAUGGCUGCGCGCCGCAGAUACCCUUCUCCGUCAGGGCAAUAUGUAUGCCCGGGAAGGCAACAUGAGCCAAGCGUACCUCCUCCUUCUCCGAUACUCGACCCUCGUCCUAGAGCACCUGCCCAAACACCCAGAGGCCAAGACACCAGAAGGGAAACGCGGCUUGAAACCACUCGCUGCGGGACUGCCCAGGGUUUUCGAGACGUUGGGCCAGCUGAAGCCCCAGAUAACCGAAGCCCACGACGAGUGGGUCAAGAUACAUGCGAGCCAACGUGACGGAUCCGUUCAACUUGAGGGAGAGAAGUCUCCGUACGAGAGACAGGCUGCGAGGGACCCAGCGCUGUCAUGGAACCCGAAGGUUCGGGCCAAGAUACUGGACGCAGGGGAGCAUCAGGAUCUGGCGGUCGACCUUGCCCAGCGGGAAAUCAGACGGCGUGAUGCGGCUCGUAAGGCGACCCGCCAAGCUGGCAUUUCGGAGGAGGAAGAGCAGGCACGACGCGGCGCUGGGCUCUGGGACGACUGGGACAUUCCUGCCCCUCGAGACGGAAGGGGCACUGCCCGCGAUGAUGGCGAUGACAUCAGGCGCAACAUGGAUGCUGCGCGCCGCAGACUGGACCAGACAGACCAGGCGGCACGGCCACCCAGCUCGGACGGCAGCUACUCAUCACGACCAACCAGCUACAGCACUUAUGACCGACGGCCAUCAUACCAAUACCCUUCCAUCUCGAGAUCCUCGGUUCCCCAGUACGAGUCUUCCAUAGGCGACACACCCAACCGCCGCCCUCUUCGCCCGCCUCCUCGUCCAGCAAAAGAGCUUUCCUCCCAGCCCCACUACGAGCCACAGUCAGCGCCUCCGCGGCCGAACAAGGCCCCUGUCGACUCAUUCGAUUCAGCAUACGACAGAUCACCGCUGACCGAACAGCCUCAGGCCCCAGAGCUGCCACCAAAGUCCAUGGACCGAAAGGAGCGCUACACCUUCAGGCCCGCGGCCUACCUCGAGAACGGGACCCCGAUUCGACCCGUUUUCCUGCCAGAUAGACUACGUGACGACUUCCUCCGCAUUGCCUCACAAAAUACCAGAAAUGGCCUCGAGAUGUGCGGCAUACUGUGCGGGACAUCAGUCAACAAUGCCUUGUUCGUCAGCUGCCUUGUGAUACCAAAGCAGACAUGCACCACCGAUACCUGCGAGACGGACAACGAAGAAGAGGUGAUCGAGUUCUGCAUGAGAGAAGAUCUCAUGGUGUUCGGGUGGAUACACACUCAUCCAACUCAGACAUGCUUCAUGAGCUCGAGAGACCUGCAUACCCAAUCGGGCUACCAGGUCAUGAUGCCGGAGAGUAUCGCAAUCGUUUGUGCUCCACGAUCCGACCCUUCGUACGGCAUCUUCCGACUAACGAACCCACCUGGGCUCGACCACAUUCUCCACUGCACGCAGUCCUCCACCUUCCACCAGCACAGCAUCAACGGUCUGUACACCGACGCUAAGCACCCGGGUGGUCAUGUCUACCACUCCAACCAGUUAGAUUUCCACAUUGAGGACUUGCGUCAGCCCUCAAGAAUAUAA